GUAAAGAAGAAGAUCAUCAAAGCUUUCAUUUUUGAGAUCUGGGCUCAGACAAAGAUUCCAUUUUUUCUCUCCCCAUUUAAAUUUCAGCUCCAAAUUCUCAGGUUUUGCUCAAUGUAAAGAAGUUAAAGAUUCAAACUUUUUCUUUGCAAUGGGAGAAACACAGAACCUGCAUUUGUCUCCGCGACACCGAUCUUCUCUAAAGAAGCCAUUGUUGAUUGUUUUGUUAGUCUGUAUCACAAGUGUGCUUUUGGUGAUCACUUACAUGUAUCCACAGCACAAUAGUAAGAGCUCUGCUUGUGCGGGUUUGUCUAGUAGAGGCUGUGAAGCGGCGCUUUCGGGAUGGCUUCCUGUUCAUGUGAGGAAAUUUACAGAUGAAGAAGUUGCAGCUCGAGUUGUGAUCAAAGAUAUACUGAGACUACCUCCUGCUCUAACCGCUAAAUCGAAAAUCGCUUUUAUGUUCUUGACUCCUGGUACUUUGCCAUUUGAGAGACUUUGGGAUAAGUUUUUCCAGGGUCAAGAAGGAAGAUUCUCUAUUUACAUCCACCCUUCAAGGUUACGACCAGUUCACAUUAGCCGUCACUUUUCAGACCGUGAAAUUCACAGCGAUCAUGUCACUUGGGGAAGGAUUUCUAUGGUUGAUGCAGAGAGACGGCUUCUAGCAAACGCUCUUGAAGAUCCUGACAACCAACACUUUGUUCUUCUUUCAGAAAGUUGUAUACCGUUGCAUACAUUUGACUACACAUAUCGAUAUUUGAUGCACGCAAAUGUCAGCUUCAUUGAUAGUUUUGAGGAUCUUGGUCCUCACGGGACUGGCAGACACAUGGAUCACAUGUUACCUGAGAUCCCAAGGCAAGAUUUCAGAAAGGGUGCACAGUGGUUCACAAUGAAGCGUCAGCACGCUGUAAUAGUGAUGGCUGAUGGUCUCUACUACUCGAAAUUCCGGGAGUAUUGCAGACCCGGGGUAGAAGCAAACAAGAACUGCAUCGCUGAUGAACAUUACCUGCCAACAUUCUUCCAUAUGCUUGAUCCUGGAGGAAUCUCGAACUGGUCAGUCACAUAUGUUGAUUGGUCUGAGCGUAGAUGGCAUCCAAAGACAUACAGAGCACGCGAUGUCUCACUCAAGCUCUUGAAAAAUAUCACGUCCGAUGACAUGAGUGUACAUGUAACAAGUGUUGGCAAGCGCGGAGAAGAGCUGCAUUGGCCUUGUACAUGGAAGGGAAUUAGACGUCCAUGUUAUCUAUUCGCAAGGAAGUUUCACUCAGAUGCUCUUUACAAACUGGUCAGACUCUUUCCAAACUACACGAGCACGGUGGUCUGAGCCAGAAACAAAUUCUUGAAACCAAACCAUACACUUCUUGAAACCGGAACAAAACACUUCCACAUAUCUCCAGAUUGGAUUGGAUUAGAUUGGAUCGCAGAUUACUGUAAAUUUCUGAGAAAUCUACAAAGUGCUUCCUCUUGCUGGGGUUUAGUGCUCUUUAAUGGGACAUGUUACUCUGCUUUUAUUAAGGUUUAGUAUAAGAACAAAAUUAGAAGCAGAGGUUUCUGUCUAAGGAGAGUUUUGGUUAUUGUGAUUUUAGCCAUUGUUUGGUUAGUGUUAACCGGUGUAUGUUGUUGUAAGGUCAAGCUAUUUAGUAGAGCUUAACACAGAGUUUUAGAAUUUUGGCUGUGUUAUAACAAUACGAAUAUAAACUAUUUUUACUC